CAAACGACCACGAUGGCAUCCAGCACUAGUCCGAUACUCGCAAGUGCAAAGCGUCGCCGGCCGACUAUGAUAUCCGGGACUUUCCAUCCCGCUUUAGGUCACGACAUGAUUCACUGUCCUCCACAACAAUUCGAGAGCUUCCGCAAGAGUGCCGACGAAAUCAAGGGCAUCUCUAAACGCCAAGUGCGAGCUUUUUAUGAGCGACAGAAUGAAAUUCUCGACGGGUUAUUAGAAGUAGAGGGUAUAUUGGGCUCAAAGCUACCUGACACAGUGUUUGGGACCUUCUCCCGCCAGCCAAUAUUAGAGGAUGGGCCAUUACUUGCUUCGCCGAUUGCAGAGAACGGCGAUGAUGCUGAACGGCAGCCAUUGUUGGGUGAAUCGAAAGAGAAACAGCGGGAACGUGCCGAUAAAAUUGCGCUCAAUGUGAAUAUUGCAGUCAACAUCCUCCUGCUUGGGACCAAGGGCUUCGCUGUCCUGCUUUCGUCAUCAGUUUCCCUUUUAGCUUCAUUUGUUGACUCUGCACUCGACUUCCUCUCCACGCUCAUUAUCUGGGGUGCCGCUCUCGCCUCUAAUAAGAAAGAUGAUUCCACAAGAUUCGUCUAUCCAACGGGCAAAAAGCGUUUCGAGCCUCUCGGCGUACUUAUAUUCUCUGUGUGCAUGAUUGCCUCGUUCAGCCAGGUUCUCGUAGAAUCUCUGCGAAAGCUAUUCGUCACUGGAGACGACCAUUUGGGUACUGUCUCGUUGUUUGGUAAAAUAACUAUGAUCGCAACUAUCGUCAUCAAGAGCGUAAUAUGGAUCUGGUGCGCUAAAUUCCAGUCGUCCUCCAUACAAGCCCUAGCACAGGAUGCCAAGAACGAUGUCUUCUUCAACACGUUUUCCCUCAUUAUUCCGUGGGUUGGUGAGCUGCUCUCCAUAAAACAACUCGAUCCUCUGGGUGGUGCCUUUCUCAGCAUUUAUAUCAUUGUGGAGUGGAUCAGGACUCUCCUUGAGAACUUUACCAAACUAUCAGGAAAGAUUGCCAGCAACGAACAUCACGCGCGGGUUCUGUAUCUGGUGUCUAAGUUCAAUCCUGUUCAAGAGAUCUCAUACUUGGAGGUCUACCACGUUGGAGAUGAGCUUAUCGUUGAGGUGGACAUAAUCCUGCCCUCGUCCACCUCGCUUCCAUAUGCACAUGACGUUGGGGAGACAAUCCAGGCUUCGAUCGAGGCCCUCGAGCUGGUUUCGCGUGCCUACGUGCAUCUCGACUAUUCGAGCGAUAACCCGGCGCAACAUGGAGGGAGUGGUGUUUGA